AUGGAGGUGUUCCAAGGCUACGCCGGUUGGGGCCAGGAGGGUGACAAGAGCUGCGAGGUUUCCUGGGCCCAUCCGCAUCAGGGCCUGCAGGAGCAUGUUGAGCGAUACCGAAACAGCCCUGUCAUGCACCCACUCACGCCGGAGGAGUACAAACCAAUGGUCUUCGCCAACGGGCAGCGUGUCCCGUUCCCUGCGCCGACAAAGGCUAUUCGCGCACCCAAGCUGAAAACUGAACGGAAUGCCGGUGGCGCUGCAGCAGACGCAUAA